GCCACGAAAACCGUUUAGGGAAGGGGGGACUGAAUGCUCGCCGGAUCUCUUUACAGUUUCCCGCCGUCGCCGAUUUCCCGAUCUGUUACCGCCAAACUCAAAACAAAACACUAACAAAUAACCCAAAAAUCUCCCGCCUUUCAACAAAUUUUCAAAAAUUCUUCACCAAUUUUCCCAAUUCUCAUCCUCUUUCUCACCCUUCCCCUCCAAAUUCCCCCUCCUUUCCUCUUCUUUCUUCUUCUUUUCUAACCCUUGCAUGGCGGCUCCGUCGCCAACCCUUAGCAACAACAGCUCUGACACUGCCACCACCACUGCCGGCGCGGUUGCGGCUAACGUCGCUGUUUCCCCCAAUCACUUGGCCAACCGUACUGGAACGCCGCCGAAGACUCUCCGCGGCCUUAACAAACCCAAGUGUAGGGUUUGUGGCAAUGUUGCUCGUUCCAGAUGUCCUUAUGAAUCAUGCAAGAGCUGUUGUGCGAGAAACCAGAACCCAUGCUAUAUUCACGUGUUAAAAGCAAAUGCGACUUUUCCAGACAAGACACCUUCUUCGAGCUCUCCUCUAUUUGACAAGCAAUCACCAGAUCUGUCAUCAUCUGGGACUUCAAAUAGAGUAGCUUCACUUCGACAACUUUCUAGCAACUUUUCCCAAUUCAACAAUGUGCGACUCCCUAUCCGUUCACCAAAGCCAGUGACCAGAAAGGACGCCGCUGCAAUUAAUGAAUGGAGAUUUUCCAAGUUAAGGGAAUUUCGAGAGAGACACAUUGAAGCAGAAAAUGAAGCUUUUGAUCGAUACAUGAAGAAUGUUAAUCUAUUGGAAGAGGUCUUUUCUAUGAGAUCUAUGAUUGAUGAUAAGUCUCUUAAAGACGGACCCUCUGUAAACUCUGGUAUAGAAGCCAACCUUGAGGAAAUGACCCCUGGAUUGAAGUUAAAGUUAGGAUCUACAUCAGACAACUCUAGAAAGAGGAUACGCAAAAUUGUUGAAGAUGGACUAAGAAAAAUUAAAAUAGUCGAGACAACCGAUAACGUCAAUGAGGUCACUGACCAUGCCCAAGCUGAUAGGGAUGCAGACCAGAUGAAUCUUAAUGAUGGAUGCAAAACGAUAAAAGGUUCGCAUGCUAAAAGAACUCGAGCUUUAGGUGAUCUCAUUGAGAAGCUAAACAAAGCUCGAAAUGAGGAGGAUUUAAAAUCUUGCUUGGCAAUGAAACAUCAGCUUUUUAACCAACUCCAAACAACAUCCAGUCAAGCAGAAUCUGAAGAGACUGACACGUCCAAGGAGCAGCAAGUUAUAAAGAAAGAUUUAGACUCAAGGAAAGAAUUGGGUUAUUCAUUGCCAAAGUUGAUUAAUAAAACUAAUAUUGAUCAACAAACUCUGAACCAAAUUGAUGCUCACUUUUCUUCUCUCAAGCAGAUAGGCAAUCUAUGAUCUCAUGCAGAUCUUGUUCUUUUUUUUCUUACCCCACUUUAUUGACAUUAGGUUAAAAAUCUCCAAACAUGAUGCUGUAAUGUCCUCAUGUAAUUUAUUCUCUCAACAGCCAUUGAUGUUUAUCUGGCAACAGCAUUAAAUGUGCAUUGUCUCCCCACAAAAUUCCACACCUCAUUUUUCCGAUC